CUCUGUCACUCGUGAUGUGUUGGCCGCAAAUGAGUGGUUAUGUGUUACAUUAAGGUGUAAAUUUGGAACAAGUAGAAAAUAGAAUUAAAAUGAAAUCCUUAUAUUUGUUGUUAUUUUUUAUUUUAUUGGUUAUAAUUAAUGUUACUGGCCAACAAAAAAGACAGCCCCACACAAUGGCUGAGAGAGUCCAACAGUUGACAGAUAUGGCUAAUAAAAGAGCAGUUUUAAGAUUCAAUGCAAACAAGUUCAAAGAUUUUGUGAAAUCUUCACCAAGAAACUAUUCAGUUAUUAUUAUGUUCACGGCAAUGGCUCCUCAAAGACAGUGCCAAGUUUGCAGACAUGCAAGUGAUGAAUAUACAAUUGUUGCAAAUUCCUUUAGGUAUUCUCAGUCAUUUUCAAAUAAAUUAUUCUUUGCAGUUGUUGACUUUGAUGAAGGAUCUGAUGUAUUUCAGAUGUUAAGAUUGAAUACAGCCCCAGUAUUUAUUCAUUUCCCCCCAAAAGGAAAACCAAAGAAUGCUGACACAAUGGAUAUACAAAGGAUUGGUUUUUCUGCAGAAACAAUUGCAAAAUGGAUAGCUGAAAGAACUGAUAUACAAAUAAGAAUUUUCAGACCACCAAAUUACUCUGGCACUUUUGCAUUAAUAGUACUUUUUGCAACUGUCGCAAUAUUUUUGUACUUACGUAGAAAUAACUUGGAAUUUUUGUACAACAAAACAAUGUGGGGAAUGGGAGCUCUAUUCUUCUGUUUUGCAAUGACCUCAGGUCAGAUGUGGAACCAUAUUAGAGGCCCUCCUUUUAUCCACAAGUCUCAAAGUGGAUCUCAGAUUGCUUACAUCCAUGGAUCAUCUCAAGGACAGUUUGUGUUUGAGACAUACAUUGUUAUGUUUUUAAAUGCUGCUGUGGUAUUGGGUAUAAUUCUGUUAACGGAAUCAGCCAGAGGAAAAGGGGAUCCAAAGAAAAGAAAAAUUUUUGCUGUUAUAGGUAUAAUUCUAGUCUCCGUUUUCUUUUCUCUACUGUUGUCUGUAUUUAGGACAAAAACACAGGGUUAUCCUUAUAGUUUCCUCUUUAAAUGAAGUUGCAAAGAAAACGAUUGUAUGAUGUUAUAGACUUUAAUAAUAAUAAAGUUUUGUUACAACAGUUUUCAA